AAGAAUGGCUGUGUCUGAAUUGUCAAAUGCAGCGAGCUCUUGGCAUUGAUAUGACCACGCCUCGCUCCAAAAGUCAACAGCAGAUUCACUCUCCGUCCCACCAAGCCAAGCCCCUUGUACAGCCACAGCAGUCCGCUCCGCAGCCAACAAAGCCAACAACUGCUGCUCAGCCCAAACCCCCGGCACAGAGUCAGUUUACCCAUCAGCAACAGCAGGGGCAACAGCAGCAACAACGACAACAGCAGCAACAACAACCUCAGUCCCAGCCAUAUGGCCAAACUAACCCUUACUCUCAGCCUCAAUCCCAGCCAUACCCACAAUCCCAGCCCCAUUCUCAAUCCCAGUUGCAUUCCCAGUCCCAACAAAACUCACAGUCUCAACCUUACUCUCAGCAACAGCCAUAUUCACAAUCCCAGCCAUAUUCCCAGCCCCAGCCGUACUCCCAGUCCCAGCCAUAUUCCCAAACCCAGCCAUAUUCCCAGUCCCAGCAGUAUCCUCAGCCUCAAUCUUACCCUCCAUCCCAGCCAGGCCCCCAAAUGCAGCCUCAGACACAACCAGGGCUUGGCGGCCCCCAGUCUAAGAUGACACCUUCUCAGCAGAACAUGAGAUCUGAACCUUACUCCCAAAGAGGUCUUGGAGCUCAAGGAGGUGUUGGAGGUCCAACAGGUGGCUCUGGUCAGCAAGGUGGUCCUCGUAUUCCACAUCCAGGGGCCGUACCACUCCCUGGGUUGACGAAAGCACCCUCCCAGCCAGAUUUGGGUCGAGGUUCUCCAAUGCAUCAAUCUAUGACACGACAGCAGGAUCAGACCAGAAGCGCUGGAUCUUCCCCGGCCCACCGACCUCAGAGUCAGGCCCCCGCCCAGGAUGGUCUGACCAAACUUUUUGGCUUUGGGGCAUCGCUGCUCAAUCAGGCCAGUACCCUGAUUAAUGUUGACCCGCUACCCACAGCCUCAACGCAGCCAAGCCCUUCACGUGGUAAGGUGGUGUUCAGCAAUGCAACUCCAGACAACAAAUUGCAACAGCAAGGGACCAGUGGGACCAAACCUUUCAGUACAGGUGGUCCUCAUGCUCCUAGCCAAAUGGGAGGUCCUAAGGCAGCAGGUCAAGGUGGAGGUUUUAGUGGGCCAGCACAAAUGGGGGGACCUUAUCAACCAAGCCAAAUGGGAGGUCCUCAGGCACCCAGUCAAACUGGUGGUGUUCAGGGGCGAAAUCAAACAGGUGGUCCCCAUGCUCCAGCUCAAAUUGCAGGUACCAUUGGUGGACCUCAAGUGCCAACCCAAAAGCAACAGCAGCAGGCUGGUCCCCAAAAACAGCAGAUGACACCACAGCAGCCAUUUGCUCAAAGUCAAAAAGAGCAACAAGGACAACAGACACCUUCACCUCAGCAGAAAAUGUUGCAGAAACAGGAGCCAGUAUCAGUAACCUCUAGUGCUCCUGAACCAGAGAAGCCCAAGGUGAACUGUCCUCUUUGUAAAACAGAGCUGAACAUCGGCAGCUCUGAUCCACCUAACUAUAACACCUGCACACAAUGUCAGAGCCAAGUGUGCAACCUGUGUGGCUUCAACCCAACACCGCAUUUGGUAGAGAAAAAAGAGUGGCUAUGUCUCAACUGCCAGACCCAGCGACUGUUGUCUGGAGGCGGCCUUGAUGAGCCUCCUCUUCCUGUUCCCCAUCAGUCGCCAAAGCACCAGCCUUUGAGCUCACCUCGUCACCAGACUCCUACCACCCAGCAAAGUCCUCUCCACAAAUCUACCACUCAGCAGGGACCCAGACCAGCCCAGCCCCAGACACAAAAAAUACAACCUGGAACUGGUGUUAGCGGACCUAUGGCUCCCCAGUCUGCUAAACCAGCAACCGAUGCUAAAUCCACAACACCAGCUGCAGCAAAAGUACUGACCACAGAGGCCCAGAAACAGAUGAAACCAACAGAGGAGAAGCCCAAGACAGAACCUGACAACCAAACCGCCAAAGAGACUAAACCCUCACAAAAGAAAGGAGAACAGAUCACUCCAGUAAAGGAAAUCAAAAAGCCGAGGCAAUAUGACGAUACAAAAAACAACAGCACCCAUGACUUGUCACGCAGCCCUCAGAGCCUCAGUGAUACCGGCUACUCCUCUGAUGGGAUCUCCAGCUCGCACAGUGAAAUUACAGGUCUAAUCCAGGAGGAGGAAAUGAAGCUGAGCGAAAGGGGCAUCAUUGGGCGGGGCUCUCCUCCAAGUCCCUCUGAAAUCACUAAGCUAGAGAGCUCGAUGAGGCCACUGCUAGAGAAGAGCCUCUCGGAGGAAAAGCCAGACAGAAGGGGAAGAAAGCAUAGGGACAGAGACUUAGAUGACCGAGGGAAGCAUCGCCCUCGUUCCCUUUCAAUUCCACCAGAUGCAUAUGACUCUGAUGAGGAAUUAGAGGAUAUACUAGAAGAAGAAGAAGACGGUGGAGACUGGGAGGGUAAACGAAAAGAAGGAAAGGAAGAAAGAAAAGAAAAAAAGAAGAAGGAAAAGGAAAAAGAGGCAGAUCCAACAGAGAUGACGGAUGAAGAGUUCAUGCGAAGACAAAUAAUGGAGAUGAGUGCUGAUGAAGACAAUGAAGAAGAUGAGGAGGAGAUUGAGGAUGAUGAGGAUGAGGAAGAUGAAGGUUACGGCUACCAGAAAUCGAAGAAAACACAUCAUAAACACAUUCUCUCUGAUUCAGGGAAAGAAAAGAGGCGGCUGCAGCACCACUCCAGUAGUUUUGAGGAAGAAACCAAGACCUCUUCUGAUGUUUUUAAGGGCUCUGUAGAGGAGGGGGAAGAAGAUCUGAUGGCAUCACAGGGAGGACUGAGACGCUUUAAAACUAUUGAACUUAACAACACCAAUAGCUACAGCCGAGAUAUGGAGUUGAGCAAUGAAAAUGAUCUAAACCUUGAUCGGGAGCCAGAGCUCGAGAUGGAGAGCCUAACAGGAUCUCCUGAGGAGCGUUCUAGAGGGGACUACUCUUCCACUUUACCCCCAACUUCAUCUUCAUAUGGUUCAGGUCAGUCUCCAACAUCUAUCUCAUCAAUGGAGGAAGACAGUGACAGUAGCCCAAGUAGGAGGCAACGAUUGGAGGAGGCCAAGCAACAGAGAAAAGCACGCCACCGUUCUCAUGGCCCCCUGCUUCCAACCAUUGAAGACUCAUCAGAAGAAGAUGAACUAAGAGAGGAAGAGGAACUUCUAAGAGAGCAGGAGAAGAUGAGAGAGGUAGAACAGCAAAGAAUAAGAAGCACAGCACGGAAAACCAAGAGGGAUAAAGAGGAGCUGAGAGCACAACGGCGCAGAGAAAGAUCUAAAACACCGCCUAGCAAUCUCUCACCAAUUGAAGAUGCUUCUCCCACAGAGGAACUAAGACAAGCAGCAGAGAUGGAAGAGCUUCAUCGUUCAUCUGCUUCUGAAUAUUCGCCCCAAAGUCUGGACUCUGAGGCUGAGGGGUAUGAAUCCAAAAUCUACAAGUCAGGCAGUGAAUACAACCUGCCAACAUUUAUGUCUCUCUACUCACCUAUAGAGAAAUCAUCCUCAACUACAACCACCACUGCACCAUCAUCAACCUCCAAACCUCUAAAAAGUGCUGAGGAGGUAUAUGAGGAAAUGAUGAGAAAAGCUGAAAUGCUGCAAAAUCAAGAGAAACUACAGCAGCAGCAACAGCAACAUGCACGACAUGGGCAAUACUAUGAGGAAGACAUUAAUGGACAAAAUUAUGAUGACGACUAUGACUAUGAACAAGAUCAAACAGGAUAUGACAAUGAAGCAGCAGAAAUUGAAAAUGACAUUUACGAGGAAAUCCGACAGACAUCUCAGAACAUCACAAAGAUGCAACAGGCCACUGAUGAACAAGUUGAGAUUGAAAUUGAGACCUCAUUUGCAGAUAAGCAGCUUUUGGACACAGGCUCAGCCUUUGCCAAACUAUUAGAGCAAAGCAAUGCUCUGCUAACACCUGGGACAAGUCCCACCCAAAUUUCAGCUCCUGUCUCCUUUGCUGAGAGUGGAAGUCGGAUACCUGAUGUUAGAGUAAGCCAACACUUCACUGCAAAGGAUGGACACAAAGACAGAAUCAAAAGCCAAGCAGGAAAAAAUGGCAUAACUCCAACAGUGGCUGCCACCACCAUUGCAGCCUAUGGAGUUUAUGCCAGAGAUGCUGUAACUCUUUCCCAAACUGGAUCAAGCCACUCUAUGACAACUACCCAAUCAGAAACCUCACGCAGACACACAGGAAGUCUUGCCACAUCAUCCGCCACAGUCUCAAGUGUAUGUAGCAAGAUUGCAGAAAUUACUCAGGCUUACAGCCAAAGAGAAGUAAUAACCAGAAGGAUAGGAGACACAAGAGGUGUUCAAGUGCGAGACAGCUCAACAUCAUCUGCUGAGAGAGUUAUUGAACCACGUUCUCCUAAGUAUACAACCUAUUACAGGAGCACCAGUCCUCCUCUCUCUCCAUCACCACCACCACCGCAAAGUCCUAUCCGUUCACCUUCUAGAAAGGCUACUGCUGAGUUCUCCACACAGACCUUCAGCUCAGCACUGAGAAUGGAGCCAGCUGGUUCUGGGCCAACAUCACCUGUGAUAGCUCAGGGAACCCAAACGGCACAUCGAACAAUUUCCCCACGCCUAUAUCGACAACAGUCUUCCCAGGAGGCUCCAUACUCCCCACCUCCUGUUCCAGCUAGGCCAAUGACAGUAAAUACUGCAACUUCUCCUUUAUCCUCACCUACUCGAUUUAGCCGUCAGUCAACUUUUGAUAGCUAUUCUCCAUGUGCAAGCCCCCCAGAUACACCACCUUACCAACAAUCACCCACACGCAGCUUUUACCGGCCACAAAGAGUGGAGAAGGUAAAUGUAGGGACAAGCAUGGUUACCACUGCCAGCUUGUACUCCAGAGGGUCUGUUUCUAUGGAUAAUAUCUCCCUCUGUAGAAUAUCUACAGUCCCAGGGACUUCAAGGGUUGAACAGGGCCAUAUGAUUCAAGGUGGUAGUGUUGUAGAUCUAAGAACUGCUACCCACUCAGCACCUAUUAUUAUGACUGACCAGGGAAUGGAUCUUACUUCCUUAGCUACAGAAAGCAGGAAAUACCAUGGUGGACCAGAAGGCAGCAGGCAUUCAACAAUCAUACAACCCCUAAUUAUGAAUUUAAACACACAGGAGACCACCACACCAACCACUGUGAGUGUCACUGUAGCUGCCUCUAUGUUUAUGACCCAGCUAAAACAGCCAAUGGUUUACGGUGAUCCCCAUCAUAGUCGCAUAGAUCUAGGCCAGGGCAUGGGCUCAGCAGUAUGUCUUUCCCAAAACAAAUCCCCAAUUUCUCCUCCAACUGAUCCCUCUAUUCCAAAAAUCGAUGCCAAACUAGAAGAUCUUAGCAUCCAACAGAGAGAGCUCCAAAAACAACAAGAGAAGCUACAAAAACAGCAGGAGCUCCUUGAACAACAGUUACAACAGCACCAUCAGUUGCAACAGCACCAACAACAGGCAUCAGUUCUAUCCAAGUAUAACCUUAGUGGCCAGAUCUCACCUUUAACCAAAAAAAAUUUGAUAGUUAGCCAGACAAGCACUGCGUCUACAGUGGUCAGUGCUGUCUCACCAGUGAUUAAUCCUGAUCUUUAUGCCGCUGGUCCUAUUGAGCUGAAAGGGAAGUCCAGUCCUCCUGGUUUGAUGUCAGGGGGUAAAUCCCCACAUAGUAUGGUUGUACAAAUGGAUGGGGGACCAGAGCCAGUAAGGGCAGUAACUCAACUUGUGAAGGUAGAAGAAGGACAAGAUGCAGUUGAUCUCACAGGAGGCCAAAUAAAACCUGACCAAACAGCAUGCUGUGAUGUAGUUUACAGACUGCCAUUUGGUGGAAGUUGUGUUGGUGUCUCUGAGAAAGAGGGUAUUAGACCGCCAUCUGCCCCACCUAUUAGUUAUGAGUCUGAUCAUGAACGACAACCUGGAAGGUACCAUGAGUACCCAAUGGAUGCUCGUAAGGCCUACACAUUACCUUUCCCUGGAAGGCUUCAGCCUUCGAUGUCUGAUACAAACCUUGCUGAUGCUGGGCUGCAACCUUACAAUUCUAAAUAUGAACCACAACUUCAGCCAUCAGGAGAACUUGUCAUGGAUUUAACCGCUAUGAAACAGAGCUAUGGAGGAUAUAUGGGUAUGCAAUAUGGUUCCUAUACAGACUUACGUCAUGGAGGGGAAAUUUCAGCGCAAGCACUGCCAAUAAGAAGAUAUAAUUCCUUGUCCAACAUUAGCUCAGAUUAUGGUUAUUCUGCUCGGGAUAUUGCAGGCUUCCAAGAAGCUAACUUGGCUCAGUACAGUGCUACAACUGCAAGGGAAAUAAGUCGAAUGUGUGCAGCACUUAAUUCCAUGGAUCGAUAUGGAAGCAACCCGGACUUGAUGCAGUUUGGAACCUUAGGUAGAGGUACUGGACCAGGAGCCUCCAGAUUUGCAGCAGGUAUGGGCUUGAGGCAAAGCCUAAUAUUUGGACUUGAUGGUAAACCAAUGUCUCAAAAUCAAGCUCUAACAAAUCUUAUUAAUGCCAGGCAGGCUAGUCUAAGAGCCAUGUACCCUGCUGCUAUUAGGUCCUCGGAUGGAAUGAUUUACUCUACUAUUCAGACUCCUAUUGCCUCAACUCUUCCCAUCACCACCCAGCCUGCUUCUGUACUUCGACCUCUACUGAGAGGAGUCUACAGGCCAUAUGCUUCUCCUAACAUGACGCCAGUGCCCCUGGCAAGUCUCACUAGAUUGCCAAUUAGCCCAAGAAUGCCAUUGACUGGACAAGUACCACUCCGCUACCCAGCACCAGGUCUGCUUCAGACUACCUCAGUCACUGUCUUUACCACAACUGCUACAUCGACUUCAGCACCAGGAGGAGCCCUUGUGCCUGUGUCUUCAACAGCUACUAGCUCAACACUCCAAGAGGAACCUGUUUAUCUUGGUAAAGGUGCCAAAGUAACAUCAGUAGAUGUCACUUCAGUACCAGGAGCUGUGGUGAAUUUGUCUGAAUCACAGCAGCAACCAAUAAAUCUGUCCCAGACACAUCUGAACACCCAACAGCAACCGAUGACAAUGGCUCAGCAGCCUCAGCCGCCUCCUGCUGCCCAUGCAUACCCACCUUCAAGUCCAGCAAUAACUCAAGGCUACACCCAAUCUGCUGCAGGUCCAUCAGUCCCAGCUGGUGGCUUGCCAAUUCCAUGUGGUCUUCCCCCUUUCCCUCCACCAGGUGCUAUGCAUAAAGAGGGCGAAACGGAGGCAGAGAGGCUUCACCGUCAACAGGAACAACUCCUACAGAUGGAGAGGGAGCGUGUUGAGUUAGAGAAACUUCGUCAGCUGCGACUGCAAGAAGAACUUGAGCGCGAAAGAAUGGAGCUAAAGUUACAUAGGGAGAAGGAGCAAAUUCUGGUGCAGAGGGAAUUACAAGAGCUGCAGAACAUCAAGGAUCAGAACAAGCAGUUGAAACUCUUUCAAGUUAACUCUGUUAAACAGGUAUUACAGCAGCAGCAGCAAGAACGCGAGAAACAACUUGUACUCCAAAGGGAGCAGUUGGCCCAGCAGAAAUCCCAGUUAGACCAAAUACAGUCUCUGCAGCAGCAGCUCCAGCAACAGCUACAAGAGCAGAAGCGGCUUAAGACAGCUGCUCAGACUAUACAGCUGGAUAUGACAGGACAGCCACUGCAUCCCUACAUAGACUCUCAGAUGAGCUCUCGCUCCCUCCCCAACUCUUCCUCAGAGAUAUGUCUAAGGAGUCAAGAUGAACAGAUGGAAGCCAGAGCUGGUAUGAGGAAACAUAGCUCCUUGAGCAGGCUGACCCGCGACACAACUGAUGGAGAUGGUGUGGUUUUCUAUGGCUCCCCUCGCAGAAUUGUGGAUAGUUGUGUACAGACUGAUGACGAAGAUGGAGAGGAGAGGUACAUGAUGCGUCAUCGCACCAGGAGGCGCGGUCGCAGCGUUGACUGCUCCGUUCAAACAGAUGACGACGAGGAUAAGGCUGAAACAGAGCAUCCGGUUCGCAGAAGACGCUCUCGGUUCUCCCGCCACACUGAAUCCGCUGCAACUGGCACGAGCACUGCUUCGACUACCACCUCAGCAACAGACACCAAAGCUGAAUCAUCCAAGAUAGUUUCCUCCAGCAUUGCAGUCCAGACCAUCAGGGAAGUGUCCUGUCAGACAGAAGUUGAGCACCUAGGAAGAGUCUCCCCAGCAAUUCAUGUGACAUUACCAGACCCCAAUAAAGUCGAGAUUGUGCACUACAUCUCUGGACCAGAGCGAACUCAAAAAGGACAAUCUCUUGCCUGCCAGACUGACCCAGAGGGGCAGUCACAGGGUGUUGUAGCUCCACAGCUCAGUGUGCCAACUACGGUCAGUCCAUAUUCUUCCUCUACCAGUACCGGAACAUUACCAUCUAGUUCCACUGACCUUCACAACCAGCAGCGCCAGCAGCAACAUGUGGCAGCAAAUGCAGCAAAAUUUGAGCGGCGCCGACCCGACCCAUUAGACAUUAACUACCAGCCUCACAACCACCUCCACAACGAGUCCAUUUCCAGCAUCAUCAGGCAGCAGCAGACUGCUCCAAAAUCUCCACAAGUCCUCUACUCCCCUGUCUCACCGGUGUCUCCACACCGUCUGCUGGAGACCUCUCUGUCAAGUGACAGACUAAACAAGGCCCACGUCACUCCUCAGCAGAAGUCUUACACAGCCGAAUCUCCCCAGCGACACCCAUCUGUGCCCCGACCUAUCAAAAGCACGCAUAGGUCGAUGUCUGACCCCAAAUCCCUCAGUCCGACCACAGAGGAGCAUGCCAAGGCCAGACUGUCCCUCUAUCAACAACAAGCUCUCCAGAACCAGCUUGCAGCCUUGCAGCAGAGCUCUUUGCUUCGGAAGGUGAAGCGAACCCUGCCCAGCCCUCCUCCAGAUGAGACUGCUACCUCAGCUCACUUGACCAUGAUGACACCUGCCCAACAACAGAUCUACCUGUCCUCUGUGCCCAGCCUCAAGCCCAGCUCAAGGUCUGGCCUAGCCGCUAAAGCCAGCCUCCUCAAAGAUCUCACCCACGAGCUGAAGGCUGUGGAGCAAGAGUCUACCAAGCUUAGAAAGCAACAAGCUGAACUGGAGGAGGAAGAGAAAGAGAUUGAUGCUAAACUGAGAUACUUAGAACUGGGAAUUCAUCAGAGAAAAGAGACUUUGGUGAAGGAGAGAGAAAGAAGGGAUAUUGCCUACCUGAGAUGUAUGGGUGAUACCAGAGACUAUAUGUCUGACAGUGAGUUGAAUAACUUGCGUUUAGCAGCUGCUGCUGCAUCACAUGAGACAAAUGGGCUACUAACAACCAGACCAAGCACUGCUCCACUAAGCCAGUUUACCAGUGACCUAAAUACAGCAGCUCAGUACCCACCAACCUCAUCUUUCCUCUCCUGUCAAUAUCCCCAGAGUCAACCAGCAGCACCAUCCCAGCAAUCAAGUUUGUCAUACCAGUCAUCUACAUUCAAUCAGCCUCCUUACCCAACGGUGUCACAGUCACAGGCACUGCCACAGCCCAUGACCCUUCAGAGCCAUGCCCCUCCUCCUGGACCUACCUAUCAACCUCAAACAUCCUAUCCCUCUCACACCUACCCACAAGCUCAGCCCCCAUACCCCCAAACAGAUUUGGGGUUACCAUCUGCGCCUCAACCUCAGCCUCCAGCUGGGCCUACGGGUUUUGGUCAUGCACCACCUGGACAGCCACCAUACCCCACCCACAGCUCACCUUAUCCCAGUGCUGUGUCCCCCUACCCCACCCAAACGACCCCAUACCCUGGGCAGCCCCAAGCUGAUAUCCUGACAGUUCACCCUGGAAGACCUAGACAGACAUCACUUGCUGAACUUGAGCAUAAGAUGCCAACCAACUAUGAGACUAUCAGCAACCCAACAGUUGUGGUCACUACUACAGCCCAAGAUGCUACGUUUUCAUGUGCAGCCCCAGCCUAUGGCCCAUACACAGGAACAACAACUCUGGCAAGCUCCUAUGGGCCAUAUGGAUCUGCAACUGUUUCUAACAGUUAUAGUGGUUACUCCACUGUGCCUCCAAGCACUUAUGGUCCAUAUACAACAACACCAGCUGGUUCAUAUGGCCAGUACACAACAACUACGGCUAAUACAUAUGGCUACACAACUACCACAGCCAGUUCUUAUGGACAAUAUACUUCAACUGUUUCCAAUGCCUAUGGGCACCCUGUAGAUAGUCCUUCGACAUACAGCACAGCAGAAGGGAUGUACGGAGCUCCUGGUUUAGAACAAAACAUUCCAAGAAACUAUAUGAUGAUUGAUGACGUAAGCGAGCUGACGGCAAAGGAUGGGCUGGGCACGACAGCAGGGGACAUGAUGCAUCAUGGCAGUAGCGGGCGUUACCCCGGUGACAUCCAUGGCCAUAGCAGCACAACUGGCAGUACGACGCGUGGGGGAACUGGCAGCUCCCCCUACGGCAGGGCACCUGAGGAGGAAGCAGCGAUGCAGGAUGAGCUGUACGACCACCACGGCAGGGCCUGCAUGCCGCUCUCUCCAAACGACAUGGAGAUUGAUUGUGAUCUGCUCUCGGUUUCCAAAGCCUACCAUCUGGGCCAGGAAGAAACUGACUGGUUUGAGAAACCACGCUCCAGUUCUCGACACUACGGCAGCAGCCACUCUGGAAGGAGUCGGCAUGGUAUAAAGCACACCUACCAUGAUUAUGAUGAACCUCCUGAGGAGGAUCUGUGGCCGCAGGAUGAGUACAGUCAUGGCGGUCGGCACUCAUCAUCACGUGACCACAGGCACCAUGGCAGUUCUAGCCGCCACUCUUCCACCCGUCACUCAGAUGAGCCGAGAUCCUCAAGGUCAUCUAAGGGGCAUCCGAAAGAUCCAUCUAUGCGCCAUGACCCCUCAGGACGUUCUUCAUCAUCAGGAAGGCGUGGUGAGUCCAGGUCUGGAGGGUAUCACUCUUCAGACUACUCCAGGGAUCCUUCUGGACAUCAUCAUGGCCAAAGAUCUUCAAGGCAGGGAGAUCCACACAGGUCCUCACGCAGCAAGUCCCAGGGCCAAGUAGACAUGCAGGGACAACAACCAGGCUCCAGGUCUGGCAGUGGUUCUGGGAGAGCUCAGGGCUCUGCUGGUGGGCCCCCAGGAUCAGGACGACAGGGAGGCCCCGGGUCCCAGUCAGAUGGGACCCAAGGACAGAGGACUCAGCUCCAACAACAGGCCCAGACAUCUGCAGUCAGACCAGGACAACCUGGUACAACAGCAACCACAGGCCUCCAGCAGCAGACCCCAACCCAAGGUCAAGGCAUGGGCAUGGGCAUGGGAAUGGGUCAGGCCCAGGCAAAGCCGGGACAAAUGGGACCAGCUGGCGGGCCCAUGGGGCAGGCUAGGCCAACCGGUGCAGCAGGAGCCACACCGUCAACUAUGAUGAAGAUCGACACACCUCCAGCGACAGCGAUUGGGGCGAAAGCGGCGCCUGUCAUGGCCUCAAAAGCCGGCCAGCCCCCACUUACAGGCAUAGGCUCUAAAGCGGCUCCUAGACCCGGGGGUAUCGGCAGUGCAGCAGCAGGUCAGCCUGGCAUGGAGGGGGAAGGCAUGUUUUCCAAGAUCCUGCCUGGAAGCGCUGCUGAGCAGGCCGGCAAACUGGGAGAAGCCAUCUCUGGGUUUGGGAAGAAAUUCACCUCCUUAUUUUGAGGUGACACAAAUAAGGACUCUAAAAUAUGUCAAAAUGAAGUCAUGAGGCCCCGUACAAGAAAAACCUCUGAAGUUCCCCCUGCUUUUGUUUUCUGAAAAAAAAGAGAAAAGAAGGAGAGAGAGGAUGAUUGCUGAAAGGAGGCUGAGCAUACUGCCAAAACAGACUGGAAUCCUCUGGAUGCUUCAUGUCUUAGAUCUGAGCACACAAAGGCAGAGAGAAGACUCUGAUCUCUCUGACAGGCCAGACAAUCAUUCCAAGCCAACAUCCAGCUUGAGAAGGAUCCACAUUAUCACACAGCUUCUUGGAGAAGAUCUGCAGCAGCAACAAACAUCUCAACCUCUACAUGAAAACUAAAUGCCUGGGGGUUGAAUGGAGAAAGAGAUGAUUGGUCCACGCCAGCUGUGGAAGCUCUAUGCACGUAAAGAAAUACCAAGCAGAUGAACCAGGCGUGGAGACAUCUGAAGACUGCUUCAUCUUUCCAUGAGGGCUGCUUUCAUUCCAGCAUCCUGUAGGAGGUGGUAGUUUGACCACAGCUGCAGAGGCUUGUAGGCUUUAAAGUCCAGCGCUCACUCCAGAUGAAAAACCAACAAAUCACCUCUCUCCUCUUUUCUAUCUCUUUUCAAAGUAAACAAUCAGCAGAAAAAUUGUAAUAAAUAAAAACUCAUUAAGGGGACCGCAGGUUUUUCUUGUACUAAAGACGUCUCUGACCGCAGAAAACUGACGAGGAAAUCAUCAUAACGUCACCUUGAAUGAAACAGAUGAUAAUGACGCGGACUGAGUAUGCCGCCACGUGUUUCUUUUUUUCCACCAUUUUUUUCUCUCUUUCUGUCUACAACUUUGCUCUUCUUCCUCACCUCAAUUGCGUUUUCUUGAAUGCCGAUUCUUCUUUCUUACCACACCCAACUGCAAUGAUCCACAACUUGCCAUGUCUUCAAACAAGAUUAUUGUGGAUUUAAAGAAAAAAAAAAAAGAAAAUAUGGGAAUGCAUGGAACUUUAUAUCCAAGACCUUACACUGUUUCAUCAUUACGCAACUGAGGCCAUAAAGACAUCUGAGCUAGAAGGCAUAGGUUAAAGCAAAGAAAGUUACUAAAGCAACACAGAAGGAUCUGGCCAUGGGAAUAAGAUGAGCUUUAUGUUUAUUAUCCGCACUUUUUUUUCUCCAAGUGUUUUUGGGUUUUUUUAAAAAAUCAAUAAGAGUGGAUAAGGAAAUAAGGCGUUAGGGUUACUUUUUAGCCAAUUUAAAGCCAUUAAAAUGACGCUUACUCUGUGUUUAAGUGAUAAAUCUCCAACAUUCUCCACAUUUUCUGACUUUUGUUCUUUUUCAUAGUUUAUUUUAUUUUCCUAUGUCGAUUGCCUGGUUUUUAUGUUGCAGGUUACCAAUAUCGCCUUAAUUAUUUUAAAGCGUUUUACUCUGAAUCUAAAACGGUGUAUUUUUAUCUAGUUAGAUCAGCUGGAACAGCAGCCACAGAGAGGUUGAUUUCUAUUUUUUUACCUUAACAUCGUGUUUUCUUUUUUAUAUAUUUUGUUGUGAUAUGAUUUAUUUCAUUUUGUAUUGUUUUGUUACAUGGAACUAGCCCCUCCCCUGACAAUUUUUCAGACUCUUCGCUCCUAUCAAUAAUCAUGAAAGCAAUAGAGCAAGAGGAAAGAAAGUAAAUAGCACAAUUUUGUGUCAUUUUGCAAAAAUGUGUUGCCUUCGUUUGUCUGAUUUACCGCCGAUGCUCUGCUUUAGUGUGACUCAAACGCAGCGUGUGGUACUGCUGCUGUAUGAACGUAGCAGACUGGACAGACAUGCUGCUUUCUUCAGCGGGAGUCUGACCUGAGAGCACUGCAGGGCAGCAGAGAGGCAGCCCAAUUGGACUCUCUAUCACCCUACAGUGGGGGAAUCAGGAGAGAGUUUAGUUUUUAUUUUGGUGUUGGGGCUCUUCUGAUUCUCCAAGAUGGACUCCUUAUACGGUUGUCUCCGCAUGUGUCUUCACUUUGUCAAAUGUGAACCUGAAAGCACACUGGGAAUGGUGUCAGUGAUCUAACUAUAAUAUUCUGCUGUCAUGUGACUGAGGAACCAAAAAUAACACAAAGUCACUCGCCUUUUUUUUAAAUGGCCUAUUUUCUAUGGUGGUGGAGUUCAGACGUCUAACCCAACACCCCCAUCCAAAACAACAACAGAACCAAGUCUUUUCUCUCAGACUGUCAGUCGUCUUGGAAAUAUUCUCAGGUCAGUAUUCGCCCUGCUGUUGCUCCUGCAGUGCAUUGUGGGAAAUCUAAGGUUCCACCCCCUCAUGAAACAUAACGCCAGGGCCCGACAGGGCCAGGCCUACUCCUCUUUCUUCAAAAACCACCAACUUCUGCUGUAUAUUGUCUUUGUGAACGCUCGCUGGGAACUUUCGCAUGCUGCCCGGCGCCGAGAAAAACCUCAAGGUCACCUCUAUAUUGUUCUGUUCCUGAUGUUUGUACGUAUGUAUGAGUGUGUUUGGGGUUCAGUAUGCGAGUACUUAACAAUCAUCAUCUAAUAUGGAGAAGAAAACAAAACAGACACAAGU